GCCGGUUGACUUGAAAAACAAGACUUUACUGCUUCCGACUGACGAGUCACGACUCAGUUCGCGACGGGAACAUACGGCCGACUCGCGAGCCAUCGCGCCGCCGCUUCCUUCCACGUGAAGCCAUGGCCAAGGAGUUCCCCGUCCCGCAGGUGGUGUUCCCCUCCUCCGACGGAAAUCUUAACGUCCGCCCUCGGAUCCACCAGUCCAGUCCGGCCUUCAAACCGCCGCGCCCCGACAUCCCUGCCCCCUCCAACCCUAACAUCCCCUUCGUGUCCUUCGACGUCGGCGCCGCCCAGGCCUCGUCCUCCUUCUCUGCCUCAGUCUUCGCGGCAUCUGCUUCUGGCGGCGGAUCCAUCUCCUCCUCCGGCUCUUUCGAAGACGAGCCGCCGCUCCUCGAGGAGCUCGGCAUCAACACCCGCCAAAUCUGGCGCAAGACCGUUUCGAUCCUGAACCCUAUCCGUUUGAAGCCCGAUCUCCACGAGGAUGCUGAUCUCGCCGGCCCGUUCAUCUUCCUCAUGGCGUUCGGCCUGUUCCAGCUUCUCGCGGGGAAAUUCCACUUUGGGAUCAUCUUGGGGUGGGUAACCGUCGCAGCGGCCUUCCUCUACGUGGUCUUCAAUAUGCUCGAGGGGAGGAAUGGGAACUUGGAUCUCUACCGAUGUUUGAGCUUGGUUGGAUACGGCAUGCUGCCGAUGGUGAUCCUCUCGGCCACGUCUCUCUUUGUGACCCAUGAUGGCCCUGCGAUCUUCGCGAUUGCAGCGGUGUUUGUGCUGUGGUCAACGAGGGUUUGUACGGGGCUUCUUGUGGAGCUGGCGUCAGGAGGGGAUGGGCACAGGAGUCUCAUAGCCUACGCUUGCUGGCUGGUAUACAUGCUUUUCUCUCUGCUCAUUGUGUUCUGAUUGUUGGUGAACGAUUGAUCUGAUUAGCGCUUUCGAUGGUGCCAUUUCUUUUGUUCUUGGAUGAAGAAGCUGAAGUGACCCAACAUCCUUUCUAUCUGGUGUUCUUGUAGUCAAGUAAAUUUUUCUUUAGAUAAUUUUAGAAAAUUUUGGAGACAUGUAUUAUCCUGAUGGUGAAUCAAUCUUCAGUUGAUAGAUGAUAUCACAUAACUUUUAACUCACUUUUGUUUUGUUUUUAUUAAAAUUUGGAGAAAGCAUUGGGCCACUAAGUGGUUACAUCUGUCUUA